AUGGCGGAACCUUUGACUAUUAUCGCGUUUAUUCCUGCUUUAAUUCAGCUGGGCGAAUACAGCUUCAAGUUCGCCAAAAUACUACGCAAAUACCGACGCGAUGAAGGACUCAUGGACCGCGAAAUUAAAAACUACGAAAAUCAGAUCCUAACCUUUGGAAUGGCCAUUCGAACAGCUUCUUCGCGUCUUCAACGGCAUCACGAAAAGUAUCCCAGGUCACAAGCGUUCAGGGACUUUUCGAACCAAGAUAUCCUUAAUUGCCUUGUUAAGCAAGAAAUCGGUAUCGACGAAAGAUUGAUAAUGCUAGAACGACAAGUCGAGGAAUCGCUCCAAAGUCGGUUUACAGCUGUGAGAUACUUUCGAUGGUAUCGCAGUAGUGCCGAAAUUCUGAAACUUCUUCCACAAAUGGAUAGCAUAAGAAACACCUUGCAUCUGCUGAUAGAAAUUUCACAUUAUGAGAGUUUGGAGCUUGAACGCCAAACAAUCAACUGGUGGAACAGGAAGAGGCUUGAGGAUCUGGAGAAAGACCUGGAGUUCCAAAAGACAGUAGUCAGCUCUCAGCUCGAAAUUAUAAAGAUGUUGCAAGGCCAAAUCACGUACCACAUAUCCGACAUGAGGACACAGAGAAAUGGACAAAAAGCGAUAUUAAACUUAGGACAGCAGGUUUUGAAGAAGAACGUCCGAGUUCCUCGAAGCCAUCCACGACAGGCUACCCCUCCUAGUUCCAGAGAUUCCUCCCCAUCUUGCCACGACCCUUCUGACCCCAACCUUCCAAAUGGCCCAAGGCGUCCCAACGACUCAGGGGAUUUCAAAGACCCAAAGGGGCCAGGCGGCCCAAGCGGUCCAAGAUGUCCGAAUCGGCCUAAGGGCCCAAAUGGACCAACAGGGCCGAGUGAGGGUCUGCAAAUAUCGUCAGUCAAUAUCAUCAGAAAGCCAGAAGUAGCAAUUGAGAUGUCCCUUCCAACAGUCACAUCAUUUACGAACUUUCCAAAUCGGAAAGUACCUAUAGUGUCAGAAGAAUCACUGAACGUUGACGAACAGUCUGAAGACGGAUCUAGUUCGCCUGCGUCGAAUAGCUCUACUUCUCUGAAUACAGAAUUGCAUGGUCAUUAUCAUUGUAUCAGAAAAGUUCCGGCAUCGCUUGGCGUUGAUAAUGCUUUGAGCAUCGCGGCACGCAAGACUCAUGCGCCAGAUAUGCCACACGCGACCUCACUUCCAGUAUCGACUGCAUUCGACAGCUUUCAAAAUGAUAAACCACAGUUGAAGGACUCGGGUCCUCAAAACCUGCCUGGAGGGGGAUAUAAUUCAGCUGCUUCAAAGAGUUCUACUUCUGGUGAUACUAUUUUGUGCGGCCGGAAACAGUUCUCUCUCGAAAACCAUUCAACAUCUCUUGGCGCUAAGAAUUCAUCGAACGCUGAGGCCUCUAUAGCUCAAUCAAAAAGCCUUGUUAAACCUUCCAGGUCAAGGGCGGUUCAGCAGACAUUUCUUCAUAGGAGGGCAGAAGAGAGCAAGUCAAUAGGCGCUUGGAGGCCAAGAGUUGACACCAGAGAGACGGAAGAGGUCUUUGUUCCCUUGGAAAGAAGACAAACUGCGCAUGCUAUGGCCGUUGAAUAUGCAUACGCUUAG